GUCACACUGCUCACAUUUUAAUUGUUAGAACGCGCAAAUCAAAAGAAAAAAGGCAGCAGAAAAUGUUUGGCGCACAUUAAAAGCAAGCAAGUCGUGCCCCCUAAUCGAGUAUCGUGCCACCGCCACGCCACAAAAGUAUCCCCCAGCAGUAGGCAUAUAGUGAUCUUGUUGUUCUGCUCCCAACUACAUGCGUGUGCGUCAGUUUGCUGUGCCUGCCAGAGAACGUCACGUAGCAUAAAAAAACGCGAGAGGCCGCACACAGUGGUAAAAAGAGGUAAAAGAAAAUAGUGCAAAGCGCAGAAGACAGAGGAGGCGAUAGCAAAAGACACGAGAGCUGCAAAAAGUUUGCAUACGCCGGACGCCAACCAAGACGCAUGAAUGGGCAACACUACUCGACGCGCCCGCUGCUGCCAAAUUACAAUAACAUAUAUUGCCCAUAUGUACAGGAGGAGCGUCCCGUAGCCGGGAUUCGAUUAGCCUGAAGAUUGACUGGGAGAUUGAAGCCCACACAAGAAGAUACGACGCAGCGCAGCAUUUUAUUUAGCGCAGAACAGUCACAGGAUUAAGCAGACGAAGAAGUAAACAAAGUGGAAGACGAGCAAGAAGCUGGACAAAGCAAGUGGCAACAGAUACAAUUCCAUUUUUUGGGCAGCAACACGAGCAACUUAAUUAUACUACAUUACAUACAUUUUAAGCCUAGAUAGUACCUAUAUUUUAAGCUCAACUUUAUACAAAAUGUGGAAUUCCGAACCAACACAUCGCCAGAAUCAGCAGCACCAGCAGCAGCAGCAGCAGCAUUACCAGCAGCAUCAACACAAUGGCAAUUCUACCUCGGGGGGCGGCCAGCCCGCCAAACAGUUGGGCAUGACGUCGGCCAUUAGCUUGGCUGAGCCGAAGCCGGCGGAUCUGCAGCGGACGGAGAACCUUCGCGCCUCCCUGGAGCCGUUCAACGUGUUCGAGAGCCAGGAUGAGCUGAACCAUCGCAUGGAGAUCCUGGCCAAGCUCAAUACACUGGUCAAGCAGUGGGUGAAGGAGAUAUCCGUCAGCAAGAACAUGCCCGAGUCGGCUGCCGAGAAGCUGGGCGGCAAGAUCUACACCUUCGGGUCGUAUCGCCUCGGUGUGCACCACAAGGGAGCCGAUAUCGAUGCCCUGUGCGUUGCACCACGCAACAUUGAGCGCACCGACUACUUUCAGAGCUUCUUCGAGGUGCUAAAGAAGCAGCCGGAGGUCACCGAGUGUCGCUCCGUGGAAGAGGCCUUUGUGCCUGUCAUCAAAAUGAACUUUGAUGGCAUCGAAAUUGAUUUGCUGUUUGCGCGACUCUCGCUCAAAGAGAUACCCGACGACUUUGAUCUGCGCGAUGAUAAUUUGCUUCGGAAUCUGGAUCAUCGCUCGGUGCGCAGCCUCAACGGCUGCCGUGUGACGGACGAGAUCCUGGCCCUGGUGCCCAACAUAGAGAAUUUUCGCCUAGCCUUGCGCACCAUCAAGCUGUGGGCCAAGAAGCACGGCAUCUAUUCUAACUCGCUGGGCUACUUCGGUGGCGUCACCUGGGCCAUGCUGGUGGCCCGCACUUGCCAGCUGUACCCGAAUGCAACAGCUGCCACCCUGGUGCACAAGUUUUUCUUGGUAUUUUCGCGCUGGAAGUGGCCCAAUCCGGUGCUACUGAAGCACCCAGACAACGUGAAUCUCAGAUUUCAAGUCUGGGAUCCGCGUGUCAAUGCUUCGGAUCGUUAUCAUCUGAUGCCAAUUAUAACGCCUGCGUAUCCACAACAGAAUUCCACAUUUAAUGUGUCCGAAUCCACCAAGAAGGUCAUGCUAACCGAGUUCACACGCGGCAUGAACAUUACGGACGAGAUCAUGCUUGGACGCGCCUCCUGGGAGCGCCUCUUUGAGGCGCCCAGCUUCUUUUACAGAUAUCGGCACUUUAUAGUGCUGUUGGUAAACUCGCAGACGGCCGAUGACCACCUGGAGUGGUGCGGACUUGUAGAGUCCAAGGUGCGGCUGCUCAUUGGCAACUUGGAGCGAAAUCCUCAUAUUGCUCUGGCGCACGUCAACCCAAAGUGCUUUGAGCUGAAGAAGGGGGAGAGCGCCAACAAUUCGCAGAACAACAGCGGCAACGAGGACGACCAAAAGCAGCAGCAGCAGCCGCCGCCGACCAACCAGGCCACAGUAUCAGCGUCGCCAUUCUGCUCCAUGUGGUUCAUUGGUCUGGAGUUUGAGCGUUCGGAGAACCUCAACGUGGACCUCACAGAAAGCAUACAGAAUUUCACAGAGCACGUGAUCAUGCAUGGCGUCAACAUCAAGAUGCUCAAAGAGGGCAUGGCCAUCGAUGCGCGGCAUGUGAAGCGCAAGCAGCUCACUGUCUACUUGGACGCUGACUUCCUCAAGCGUGAGCGCAAGUGCAUGGAGAGCCACACGAGCUUCAACAACACGCUGCUAGCGAAUCGCAAGCGACUCUCGACAGAGUUGGCCCAGUCGCAGGAAGCCCUGCCGCCGGGCAGUCAGACACAACAGCCAGCCAGUGGCAAUCGUGGGCGGGAGAGUGGCGCCAAGAUCCACAGGCUAAGUGAAUCGCUGACGGAGGAUAAUUCGAAUGCAUCGAGCGAUUUGGGUGCCCAGACGCCCACGACACCCACAGGGACACAAAUGAAUGCGCCAAGUUUUGGCAAGACAUCGGGCAAGAAUGGCUCCGAGUUGGACAGCUCGGAGCAGGAGCAGCAGGCGCAAUCGUCACCGCAGUCGCAGGCGCAUAAUAAUGGAAACAACAGCACUGCCACAACGACGGAGGUGGCAUGUUCGUGACAACCGCCAACGCUACAUCCACCGCCGGCACAACAGCAGCCACCGCCGCCACCGCCACUGCCACUGCCGCCGCUACAGUCAUCAGCUCACCAUCAUCAUCAUCAGCAUCAGAAGUUUAGGAAGAACAACAAUGCGGCUGCCGCGGCAGCCUCCAAUAGUAUUUUCAAUCAGCGCUCGAUACUGCAUGCGGCAUCAAGUCUAUCGGCGGCUCUAAGCAUAACCGGACACAACCGCAAACAGCAGACGGCGAUGAAGCAUUCAAACAUACAUUCGGCAACCACGAUCAGCAGCAGCAGCGGCAGUACUCUCACCCACACCCACAUCAUACACAGCAACAACAAUAGCAACGGUUUUGGCAUCGGCGGCGGUGGCAGUGGCAGUGGCGUCGGCAAUGACAGCAACAAGAUCUGCUAUUACAUUGACGACGAUGAUGAUGAUGAUGAUGAGGACAACAAACAACCACAAACGCAGACACUGGCCAGAGCCAUUCCCACAGUAUCGGCAGGAGGAGCAACAGCAACUCCAACGGUAGCAGUUUCUGUAGCAGCCGCCCCAGCCGCUGCAUCGGCCACGACAAUUUCUUUGUAAAAAGCUAUUACACAUACCAUUUAAGGAUUAGUUAUCAUAGUUAUUCUCCCCCUCAAUUGAUUUUCUGGGCAUUUGAGUGGGUGCCCCAAACGAAAGUGGAAGCCCAACACAUUUUACA